CGAUCCAGACACAAAGUCGCCGGCUGUCGUCAACGUUGAGCGUCACCGAGACCCGGAAAACUUGUUUGUACGAUCUUCAUGUGGAAAAGCAAGGUGAGUAAUUGUUCACAUCUGGUUAAACACAGCGUCGAUUAAACAAGUCGACGUCGAUUCGAUGUUCAUUCCUCGCUGGGAAUUUCUCGCGUUAGAUUAGCCGGCGAAGCGUAUGUUAUAUUAUAUCUUUCAUCCAUCGAAAAAGUAUGGAGGAAUGUUCUCGAGUAAAUACAAUUCUGUGAAUAGCAUGAAAUAUUGAAUUAUUCCCAGGAUUCUCGCGUACCGUCGAUGUAUACGUUGCCUUGUCAGUGCCGAUGUCUCGUCUGUGUUGACUUUUUAUAAACAAACACUACGUCACCGUCUAUUUUUGAAAGCUUUAGUGCUGUCGAUAUCCCAUGAGACAAGCUAACACAACGCGUGACUUCUCUCCUGUCAACAUCGUGAGUUACAUAAAAGUCUAACUGGAGACAACGCGGGGAAGAUCUCUUCGCGGCGAGGCGAUGUUACAAUCUCACUAUGCCGAAGUUUCUCAACUUGAAAAAUCGUCAACUUCGCUGGAUGGAUGUUGCCGGUGCAAUAUCGAGACGCGAUCGCCGCGUCCCACCAACACACCAGGUCGUUCGCGUCGCUUUUCGAUGUCGGACACAUGAUGCAGACGCGCGUCGCCGGCAAAGACGCCGGAGAAUACCUGGAAUCGUUAACCACGUGCGACCUGAAGAGCAUGAAGAACGGCGCCGCGACUCUGACGGUUUUCACUAACGACAAAGGCGGGAUCCUCGACGAUCUGAUCAUCACCAAAGACGACGAAGGCAAGUACUUCGUCGUGUCGAACGCGGGGAGGCGGGACGAGGAUAGUCAGCUUCUUCGAGAGCGUCAAGAGGAUUUCAAGAGAAUCGGCAAAAACGUGUUCGUCGACUUUCUGGAUCCUCUGCGGCAAGGUCUGGUAGCUCUUCAAGGUCCCACAGCGGCUGCCGCUCUGCAAACCUUGGUAAAAAUCGAUCUUCAGACUCUGAAGUUCAUGAACAGCGUGAGAACCGAGGCAGCGGGCAGCCGGGUUAGGAUCUCACGGUGCGGGUAUACCGGCGAAGACGGCUUCGAGAUCUCGGUACCUGCGAAGGACGCUGUGGAUCUAGUCGAGAGAAUCCUGGAAAUUCCCGAUGUGAAACUAGCCGGUUUAGGAGCGAGGGACAGUCUAAGACUCGAGGCUGGACUCUGUUUGUACGGUAACGACAUCGACGCGGACACCACGCCAGUCGAGGCUGCCCUCACAUGGUUAAUAGCAAAAGGGCGAAGGGUCGAGGCCAACUUCCCAGGUGCGGAGCGGAUAUUGUCGCAGAUCAAAAUGGGCGCCACGGUAAAACGAGUCGGGCUAUUACUGGGUCAAGGACCACCUGCCAGGCAAGGAGCAUCUAUAUUAACGCCGGAAGGUGAACGUGUGGGCAAAGUGACUUCCGGCGGACCAAGUCCGACCUUGGGUCGGUCAAUUGCCAUGGGAUACAUACCGUCAGAUUUGGCGCAAUUUGGAGGCGGCGUGCUGGUCGAGGUCCGAGGGAAAACCUAUAAGGCCACCGUGACCAGGAUGCCCUUUGUGAAGACGAAUUAUUACACUGGCAAAUGACACUCGUGCCGAUCUCACGCAAUGAAAACUGGUUUACUUCCAACGAAAUUGUAGGAUACAUGGAGAGGUUUAUUUGUUAACGAUGAACUGCGAAGAAAAUCGAAAAUUUUCAUCAAUUUAUUAUUCAGCCUCGUUCAAUUGUUAGUCUUGUUCGAAUGUUAGUCUUUUUUUUUAUAAAUAUUUAAUGCACAAUAAAUUAUUACCC